UCAUAGCAAUGAAUGUGUUUAAUUGAGUGCUAUGCUAGGAUUCACAAGGUAAAACAAGAAAUUUCUCUGGUUUGGUCUGACUUGCCAAUAGGUUCUUUUCCCCCAUUUUUAACCUGAUAAGUCCAUUGAAUAAGAAUCAUUUUGGGAUUUCUACCCAAAAGUCAUUUGCAUCCCUGCCUUUAUGUCCCUGCUUCCCCAAAAUAUAGGGCAGUUUUUGUUGACCUAGGUUUAGGUCUGGGGAAAUCCUUAUGGUGACAAUACAUGGGGCAAAAAAGGCAUUAGUCACAAAGGGAGAAGGUCUGUGUGUCAGCAUGAACCAAAGGUGAGGAGGACAAAGUCUGAGCAAUGAAGAAUUGGAUAAAUAUUUGUGAAUCUUGGGACCUUCACUGCUUUCAUAAGACAAACAGUGGCUUGGAUAAAGGGAAGGUGGAAUGGAUAAAGUCAUUUAGAUUUUGGAAGCAUCCAGCAAAGACGUGUUUAGACCAUUUGUUCCUCUGGCUUAUUUCUUCCUGAAACAGAGCUGUUCCUGACAAACCACCAUGAUCCAGGUUGUGCUGCUCCUUUGCUACGUCUUGCUGUCCUCAGUGACGGCCUUUCCAGGAAAUGCCCAGGAAGGAUCCCCAGACGUCCAGCCAUCUUUCACAGAAACUGGACAUCCUCCAAACAUGCUCUCCAAUCAGAUACCUCUGCCAGAUCCCAAGGCAUGCCAAUAUCUCCUGCACACAGCCCUCUCUCUCACCCCUCUGCCUGAGUACCUGUCUACCUUAGCUCUGGAACGAGCCCUGGAGGAGGUUGGCUGCUCAACUGAGGCUCACCUUCUGCAACUUCAGCUUAUUAGGAUGGGAGAAAAGGACACCGUUGACACCUUCAUUCGUGAGAUUAAAGAACACAAUAAGGAGGAAGGGGUUGGCAACACUAAGGUCAUUCCAAGGGCUCUGGGGGUAGCUGCCGGGGAGCUUAGGCGGGUCCAGCGCUCCGUUGCCCUUCCUGAGGCAUGCAAGUCUGAAAGCGGCUGGGUGCUCUAUGAGACAGCAAAGCUGAUGAUUGAAUUUGCUGAGAAGCUGCCUCCCAGUGAGCUGUUAACAGAGUUCAAGAAUUCUGCCGUCAAUGUCACCCAGCAGUGCACAGAAGAGUCUUGGUCGCUUUUGGAAGAGCAAUGCAAAAAGCUGAUAGCAAGCCCUGAAAUGAAGGAUGUCUCGAUCCCUUUAGAGGAUCAGUUAUACUUUUUCAAGCGUUUUGUAACCAUUUUGGUUCGUAUUAUAAUGGACAGCUUAUGGAGACACUGGCAAAUGUAUUUAGGAUAGAGGGGACCUCCUGAGCUUCAUAUUUCCUUUCUCAGUGUCCCUGAGAGGCCUGGGUAGCAGGGCUGGGCACACACAGGGCUGGGGACAGCUCAGACCAGAUAUUUGCUAUUUUAAUCCUGAUGUAAAAGGCAUGUGACUGGAUUUAAUUUUGCCCCCUCUUCAUAGGUACUAGCAUCUAUUUCUCCUUCCAAUUUCUCUUUCAGUUAUCAGAUAUUUUGAAUCUUUUAUGUACUAGACAUGAAGGUAUUGUAAUCCUUCCCCAUUCAUUUACCUUUUACAUUUUAACUCUCCAAUUGGGUGCUGUGGCUUGGUUAGGUUAAUUUUUUAAACAGAAAAGAGAAAUAAAAAGUCGCCUUCAGGGCCUCCCUGGUGGCACAGGGGUUAAGUCUCAGCGCUACCAAGCUAUCACCAGCCACUGUGGCCUGAGUUCAAUCUCCGCCAGGGAGCUAAUCCACAUGGGCAGCAGACCUCUCCUGUUUCCCCGCUGCUCCCCUCAGCAGUGUGUUUCAGCAGAUCCACUUGUUCUGCUCCCCACUCAUUUUUAAAAAGUUGCCUUGGGCCUCCCUGGUGGUGCAGCAGUUGAUUGCUGGGCCACGAAGCUGCCCGCAGCCUCUGCAGCACCAGUUUGAUCCCCAGCCACCGGUGAGGGUCCCACAUGGCGUGCAGACCUCUCCUGCCGCGCCCACUGGAGAGCUUCAGCAGUGCACUUUGGUCCUUCUGCCUGU